UAACCAUGCCUUUGUCUCUCCCCUCCAGAAACUACCCAGAAGGAAAUGGCAGCAGGAAAUUACUCAACAGUGACUGAGUUCAUCCUCGCUGGGCUAACGGACAAGCCAGAGCUACAGUUACCCCUCUUUUUUUUCUUCCUAGGAGUCUAUGUGGUCACAGUGGUGGGGAAUCUGGGCAUGAUCACACUGAUUGGGCUCAGUUCUCACUUGCAUACUCCCAUGUACUAUUUCCUCAGCAGUUUGUCCUUCAUUGAUUUCUGCCAGUCCACUGUCAUUACUCCCAAAAUGCUGGUGAACUUUGUGAUAGAGAACACCAUCUCCUACCCUGAAUGCAUGACUCAGCUCUACUUCUUCCUCUUUUUUGCUGUUUCAGAAUGUUACAUGCUGGCUGCAAUGGCAUACGACCGCUAUGUUGCUAUCUGUAGCCCAUUACUUUAUAAGGUCAUUAUGUCCCCUCAGGUCUGUUCUUGGCUGAUUUUGGGGGUGUAUAUUGUAGGCCUGGUUUGUGCAUCAGCUCAUACAGGUUGCAUGCUUAGGGUUCAUUUCUGCAAAUUUGAUGUGAUCAGCCAUUAUUUUUGUGACCUUCUUCCUCUCCUAAAACUCUCAUGUUCUAGUACUUAUGUCAAUGAAUUAUUGAUUCUAGGUUUCGGUGCAUUUAACAUAUUUGCCCCAACCCUGACCAUUAUUGGCUCGUAUGUCUUCAUCAUUGCCAGCAUCCUCCACAUGCGCUCCACUGAGGGUAAGUCCAAAGCCUUCAGCACAUGCAGCUCCCACAUUUUGGCUGUUACAAUCUUCUAUGGUUCUCUAGCAUUCAUGUACCUGCAGCCAUCAAAUGUCAGCUCCAUGGAAGAAGGGAAGGUGUCUUCUGUGUUUUACACCAUCGUUGUGCCUGUGCUGAACCCCCUGAUCUAUAGUCUGAGAAAUAAAGAUGCCAAUGUUGCCCUAAAGAAGAUGCUGGAGAAAAGAACAUUUUCAUGAGCAGGAAUAAUGUGAGGAUGAUUUUUUUAGAUCUAACAUUUUUGCUUAUUACAUUGUGUGAGAUGUUUUAUUUUCAACACUUUUAAUAAUUUGGUGUUAUUUUGUUAAUAUCAUUUCCUAUUUCCAUUGCAUUUCUGUUGCUAUUCCACUUGAGAUCAUCUCUCAUGUAUAUCAUUGAGACACACAUUAGAGGAAGUAGUAAGGUUACAUGAAUACUGGGGCCAACCUGCCAUCAAUACUACCUCCCACUCUUUUUCCACACAGUUGAUUAAAACUCAGUCCUCAACAGUAGUGAAAAUACCUUCUUCAAACACUGAUUAUCUGCCUCUUUUUUCCUAUUCUAUCAGUAAUCAACAUAAAUCAUAGCAUAAUUUAUAAUAACUAUAAUAUUUUUUUUAUAAUAUUUAGAUUUUUUGCACAUCCCUAAUCUGGAAUACUCUUCUUUCUAUUCUCUUCCUUCCUAUACUUUCUUUGUUGGACUCAUUUCCUCUUUAUCUU